ACGCCGAUGCGUCAAACACUCACAGAGCGGCCGGCUAUAAAUACGGCUGUGCGCAACGCACAGUUAGACAUCUUCCCAAAAUCAAACGAAAGGCACAGAGCAGCAACCGUGGGAAUCCAAUCCGGCGCCUUUUUUUUAUCUGCACAUUCUCUCUGAACUGCUCUGCAUUUCAUAUUUCACAUUUAUUACUCAGACCAUGUUGGCUAUGCGUGGAUUGAGGCACGUCGCGGUGGCAGUUGCCGUGUGUUCGCUUCUCGUCACGGUGACGCUGGGGUCCCCGGUAGUAGGGUCAGAACCGAUCCGAUGCGCCCCGUGUACCCCGGAGCGGCUGAGCCAGUGUCCGGCGGUGGCGCCCGGCUGUGCCGAGGUGCUGCGGGAACCGGGCUGCAGAUGCUGCCUCGCCUGCGCACUGAAGGCGGGGGAGCUGUGCGGGAUGUACACGGCGCCUUGCGGCUCUGGACUGAGAUGCACUCCGAGACCCGGCGACCCCCGUCCUCUGCAUUCCCUCACCCGCGGACAGGCCGUGUGCACGGAGAGCGCUGCUCCGGCGCCCACCCCGGAGCCACAGACCCAAGAUCAAGGAGAGCCAGACGCGGAGAUGGACAACUCGGCCAUCAUCGGCUCCAGCUUCGUCCCCGGUCUCCCCUUUGACCCGCGGGCUGUGACCGAAGCACAGGAGAGCAUGAAAGCCCGACUCAUCGCCAUUCACAAGAAACUGGUGGAGCAGGGUCCGUGUCACCUGGAGCUGCUUACUGCUUUGGACAAGAUUGCCAAAUCUCUUGAGAAACUAGGAGAGAAAUUGACCAGAUUCUACCUCCCCAACUGUGACAAGCGUGGCCUUUACAAACCAAUGCAGUGUGAAUCCUCCCUGGACGGACAGAGGGGUCGAUGUUGGUGCGUCAACACCUGGAAUGGCAAGAAGCUUUUAGGUUCCAGCGACCUGCCUGAAGACGCAGAGUGUUCUUAAGGAGAUCUGAGCUUGAGGCUCUUCUCACACAGAAAGAGAGCGAGAGAGAGAGAGAGUAAGGGAGAAAGAAACAAAGAAGCAAGCCACUAUUUUCUUUCCUUUUUCUUGGGUAGCUGUUUAUUUAUUGACCUUGUCCAUGGUGGUGUUUAAUUCAGGUACACUGUCAUUAUGGGGCUACAGGUCCCAACCACCCUGAACCCCCCCACCCCCACCCCCCGCAACAAAUUCCCGUCCCAUAGACACAAAGAAAAUCUAUUUUUGUUUUUCUGUAAAGAAGAUUUUGAUGUUGAUGCAUUUACAUUUAAGUCUAUAGCCUUAUUUAUUUUAUUGCAUUUUAUUUGUUUUUUGUAAUUAUUCAUGAGUAUUUAUAUCAUUUUGCCUUAUUGUUAUUAUAAUAUUAUUAUUUUUAUGCGUGUAUAAAGUGUAUAUAUGGAUCUUGGCCCCCACAGCUCCACAGCUGAGUUGAGCUCGCUCUACCCAUAAGGAGCUGUCUGGAGGUUUGGUUUGAGAAAAACCAAGCAAGAACAAAAGCACUGAGUGACCAAAUCACAUUUAGAAGUUUUUCUAAAUGAUCUUCUUAUUCUUUUUCACUUUACUGCCAUUUUUGUCUUUUUAUUAUUUUAUUUUUUUAUUAUUGUUUUUGUUUUAAUUAUUUCUUGAUAUGAUACAUCAGUUCCAGUAAGUCAGUGCAAAAGCUCUCAGUUGGGAAUCGUCUACACUCAGAAACCAUUUCCCAUGGUUCCAUGGGGCUGCAGAUAACAUGAUGGGUGGCAAAUCUCCCACGCCGCCUCUCAGACGGGUAUCUCUACAUUAACCUACCUCCAACAUUUACGUGUCUGCUGUCUUUUUUUGUUUAUGUUUCUGUGCUCUUUGACCACAUGACCACAAAGUGUGAGCCGCUUGACUCGGCUCUGUAUACAUGCUGCUGUUGGAGAGAGAAUUGUAUUGUAUGUGGAUCUAUUCCAAAGUGACUAACGCUGUAUGUACACUUUUGUUACUGAGAUAUAAUGUAAGAAAAAAAGUGAUAUAUUUAAUAAAAACAUUAAUCUCA